CUCUUAACUCAUAAAGUUCCAAAGCCUGAAGUCGGAGAGAGAGAGAGAGAGAGAGAGAGAGAUGGGAAGGAGAGAGAGUCAUCCGUUGCUAAGAGGAGGGAAGAGCGGGUGUGGCAAUAGCAGCAGCCGCCACGGAUUGUCUUCGUCUCAGAUCGAAGCACUUUCCGCCAUGUGCGAAGCUCUCAUUCCUCCUCCCUUCCUCCAACAAGAGAACGACCAGCGUCUGUCUUCGUCGUCUUCUUCUUCUUCUUCUUCUCGUGGUGGCCCUCGGCCUCGAUCGCUGGUCGCCGAGCAGGUCGCGGAACUGCUGGAGAGGAGGGCUUUGCCGGAAGCGGUGGGCUUAGCGAGGCUCGUUCUGACGAUUCUUUCGAGCAGAGUGGGGAGUUUACUUCUCUGCGGCCGGCUUUGCCUCGCCGGAAGAUGGCCUUACAUUCACAAAUUCUCCCAAGUUCCAUUGCAGAAGAGGGAGUCCAUUCUCCAGGGAUGGUCCAGACAGACCUAUCUCUUCCCCUUGAGACUGCUCUUUGUCUUAAUCAAAAUCCUCUGUUUCUACACCUUCUUCUCCUCGACUGAUGAGAAUUCAAGAAAUCCAGCAUGGGAGGCCAUUGGCUACCGAGUGGACGACAGGGAAGGCAAAACCAAACCCCUCUCCCCAGAGGCAGAGGGGAGGCCUCUCGACAAGGGCAUCGUGGAAACAAUGGUUGAAACUGACUGUACCCUCUUCCACUCACUCACCCAGAAAGGCCUUCAGGUCACACAACACCCGAGUGACAACAUUCUCAAGAUCAAGUGUGAUGUGGUGAUCGUGGGUUCUGGUUGUGGCGGCGGUGUUGCUGCUGCUGUUCUUGCCAACUCCGGCCAAAGAGUUGUCGUCCUCGAGAAAGGGAACUACUUCGUCCCGGAGGAUUAUUCCGGUUUGGAAGGUCCCUCCAUGGAUGAACUCUAUGAAUCAGGUGGAAUCCUAUCGACCCUAGAUGGGAAAGUGAUGAUCCUUGCAGGAUCAACAGUUGGGGGAGGAUCUGCUGUGAAUUGGUCAGCAGCCAUUAGAACCCCGGAACAUGUUCUCAAAGAGUGGGCUGUGGAUGAAAAGAUUCGGCUUUAUGGAAGUUCUGUUUAUCAAUCCGCAAUGGAUGAUGUGUGCAAGAGGAUUGGUGUCACAGAGGGUUGUGCAGAGGAAGGGUUUCAGAAUCAAGUGCUUCGGAGAGGGUGUGAGAGUCUCGGGUUAAAAGUCGAGUCGUCCCCGAGGAACUCGUCCGAGAAUCACUACUGUGGUUCUUGUGGUUAUGGCUGUCGAAUGGGGGAGAAGAAGGGGACUGAUUCUACUUGGCUGGUGGAUGCUGUUAGUAAUGGUGCAGUGAUCUUAACAGGAUGCAAGGCAGAGAGAUUCAUACUGGGAAAUGAUGAUACUGGGUCGAGGAAGAGAUGUUUGGGAGUCAUUGCUUCCACUGUGAGCAAGAACAUCACAAAGAAGCUUCAUAUAGAGUCUAGAGUAACAGUUUCAGCAUGUGGGUCUCUCUUAACUCCCCCUCUAAUGGUUUCUAGUGGAUUGAAGAACCCUAAUAUUGGCAAGAACCUCCGUCUGCAUCCCGUUCUAUUUGCAUGGGGAUACUUCCCAGAAUCUGUUUUGCCCAUCAAGGGAAAAAGCUACGAGGGAGGAAUCAUCACUUCACUCCACAAGGUGGUUUCCCAAGAAGCUAAUCCUCAUGCCCUAAUAGAAGCUUCUGCGCUAGGACCUGCUUCUUUUAGUGUUAUGAUGCCAUGGGUGUCAGGGCGAGACAUGGAGGACCGGAUGAUGAGGUACUCGCGAACAGCUCACCUAUUCGCUUUGGUCAGAGAUAAGGGCUCAGGGGAAGUGAAGGCAGAAGGAAGGAUCAAGUACCGAUUAGAUGGGAUCGACAAAGAAAACCUUAAAGUAGGCCUGAGGCAAGUGUUGAGGAUCUUGGUUGCAGCCGGAGCUGUUGAAGUGGGAACUCACAGAAGUGAUGGACAGAGAAUGAGAUGUGAAGGAACUAGAGAUGAGGAUUUGGAGGAAUUUCUAGAUGAAGUAACAGCAGUUGGAGGACCAAAGUCGAGGGGAGAGUACUGGACCCUGUAUUGCUCUGCACAUCAGAUGGGUAGUUGUAGGAUGGGCGCCACUGAGGAAGAGGGUGCAGUUGAUGAGAAUGGGGAAAGCUGGGAAGCAAAAGGCUUAUUUGUUUGUGAUGCAAGUAUUCUGCCUAGUGCCAUUGGGGUCAAUCCCAUGAUCACAAUCCAGGCCACUGCUUAUUGCAUCUCAAAAAGAAUUGCAGAGUCCUUGAAGAAAGAUGAAUCUCACUAAUAAUACUCAAUGCAA